AUGAAUACUGGAUCACAAUUUCAAUAUCAAUUUCAACUUGAUGUCGAUAUAAGACGAACACAGCCAAGAUCGUUGUUUCAAGCAUUUGGAAAAUUUAUUUACGAGGUUGAAUGGAUUAGAAGACAAGGUCCAUCGAUUGUCCUCCUCAAAAUUGAUGGAGCUAAAGCAAAUCGUGAGGCCUCGUUCUAUGUUCAAUUGAGUUGUCAUCUACAUAUUGUUCGAAUAUUCGGUCUUGUGGAGAGCAAUCCAGAUUCAUUGAUGCUACUACAAGAACGUACACCAUUGGGCGAUCUUGCUGAAUUAUUACGUGAGAACAAUUUUCGACCGACUGAAAAAGUUUUAUUUGAGAUAUUUGUACAAUUAUGUGAGGCACUAAUCUUUCUUGCUUAUAAUGGCAUUGUACAUGGUGAUCUUGCAUGUGGAAAUGUUCUCAUCUUUCACCAGAAUCCAACUGAACCAAUCAAUAAUUUGGUUAAAUUAACCGAUUUUGGAUUGACUCGAGCAAGUCCAAUUUAUUCGGUUGUUGAUAGUUCAUCAUCGUCAACCAUAACUACAGUACCUGUUCGAUAUGCAGCACCAGAGAUUCUUCAAACGAUGGAUGGAUCGAACUAUUCUGAGAAAUCUGAUGUGUAUUCAAUGGGUGUUCUGAUGUGGGAAGCAUGUUCUCAAGGUACAUUACCUUAUCAGUGGAUCGAGAGAGAUGAAGAUAUUCGACGUCGAAAACAAAAUAAUGAGAGAUUACCUCGACCUGCAUCAUGUAGUCAUCAAUUAUGGACAAUCAUAAAUCAAUGCUGGCAUCUAAAGCCACAAAAUCGUCCCGAUUUCCGAUUAUUAAAACGAUCAUUGUUAACUCUUCUGUUUGGAUCAGUAUCUGAGUAA